AUGAUACAGCUAACUGUACAUGCGAGACUUUGCUCGCUACGAAAAUUAAAGUGCGCCAUCUUCAUACCCUCCGCACGAAGAGCGUUCAGCAAUGCGCAGAUACGAAAAGAAGACCCGCGGCUGCAGGACAUUGGACGCGUCUUGAAAGACGAGUAUGCGGUGGUGAGGCGAAAAUACGAUACUCCCAAACAUACCCUAAUACUUGCCCACGGCCUCCUUGGCUUCGACGAACUCCGACUUGCAGGCCAGUUUCUUCCGGGAAUACAAUACUGGAGAGGGAUAAGAGAUGCGUUGUCAGAAAAGGGCAUUGAGGUUAUCGUGGCGGCUGUCCCGCCCUCUGGUAGCAUCGAGGCUAGAGCUGCACGAUUGGCUGAGGACAUAGCACAAAAGGCCCAAGGAAAGGCUGUGAACAUCAUCGCUGGACUCGACUCACGUUACAUGAUCAGUCGCCUGAAGCCCGAUAAUGUCAAGGUAUUGUCACUGACGACAAUCGCGACACCGCAUCGUGGCAGUGCUUUCGCAGACUAUAUGUUCGAUACCAUAGGCCGUGAGUAA